CCAAUAACGUGAUACAAAUAACCUUGACAUACAUUCUUUUUUAGCUAUAUAUAUUCUACAUCCUAUUCCCCCUCAACAAAUUUUAAUCUUUUUUAUUAUUAAACAAAUCUUCCUUCAAAUUCCAAAAAUUCAAAACUUAGGCCUUAGCCAUAUAUAAUAUGAUGGAGGAAGAAGAGAAUAUUCAUGAAGGGUUUAAAGGAAAAAAUGUUGAAAGCAUGAGUUGCUUAGAGACACCUCAGAAUUCAAAGAAGAAAAACAAGAAGAUAGAAAACAAGAGAAGGUUUAGUGAUGAACAGAUAAGAUCACUAGAAUGCAUAUUUGAGUCAGAAUCAAAGUUGGAACCAAGGAAGAAGAUGCAACUUGCAAGAGAUCUUGGUUUGCAGCCUAGACAAGUUGCUAUAUGGUUUCAGAACAGAAGAGCAAGAUGGAAAUCAAAAAGGAUAGAACAAGAAUACAGAAAACUCAAAGAUGAAUAUGAUAAUUUAGCUUCUAAGUUUCAGUGCCUUAAGGAAGAGAAAGAGUCUUUGCAAUCAGAGGUUCAGAAGCUAAGUUAUAUGGUGGAAACAUCUCAUGAUGGAGGAAGGGAAGCAAAGGAAAAUAGCACAGAAGAUGGUGGUUCAAGAAAUGGAUACAACAAUAGCAGGUUUGAAGAAACAAAGCAAAGGUUUUCAAAUGAGGGUUUGGAGGAUAAAGUGGUAAUUUAUUCAGAUGAUCAAAAUGAAAGAAGCACAACAUGGACAGAGAAAGUUGAGGACAGAGGAAAUCAACUUUUAAGAAAUGAUGAUCAUGCAGAAAUUCCCUUGACAACAACACUUGAAAAAUGGUACAAUGUUGAUCCAUGUGGUAUGUUAGACCAAUCAUGCAAUAGUUCUCAAUGGUUGGAUUUUUGGACUUGAAAAUUGCACCAUGUUCUUCUAUGUUGCAAUGUUUGGUGUUUCCUUGAAAAAGGAACAAAGAAUGGUUCAAAACAUGCAAUUGCAAGGUCAAGGAGAAUGUCCAAGCUCAAAAAAAUGAAGUUUUGUAGGCUUGAUUUGAUAGGUAGAGAAUUAUGAUAGCCUCUCUCAAUUCAUUUGUUUAGAGAUUUGGAAGAAGAAGGAAUAAUGUGAAAAUUUCUCUGUUUUGUGCAAUGCACACGCUUGCAUGCCUUUUCCAUUCAUUUGCUUGUGUCAGUGUGAUGUGUUUUACCAUUUCUAGUUUUAUAACUUUAGCUACCACCUUGUUAAUUUGUAUGACCAUUGUAACAUAUAUAUGACUUGGACUCACACAUAA